AUGCCCGACGGGACGACCCGAUUCUGGACACUCGACGGCAAACCCAUAUACAAGUCCAUCGGUUGCGCCACUCUUAGCGAAUAUACAGUUAUGUCUGUCGAGUCGGUCGCUGUGGUGGACAAGAGGCCCGAUUUGGCCGACCUGUGUCUCAUCGGGUGUUGUGUGGCCACGGGUUUUGGCAACGCUGUCAAUCUGGCCAAAGUGAGCGUCGGGUCGAGUGUCGCCGUGUGGGGGUUGGGCGCUGUCGGGUUGGCCACCGCUAUGGGCGCCAAACACAGCGGCGCCAAACGUAUCAUCGGUGUGGACAUCAACGAAGACAAGUUCCCGUUGGGCCGCAAGUUUGGCUGCACUGAGUUCGUGAACCCAAACCGUUUGCCCAACGGUUACGCCGCUGUCGAAGACCUGUUCAAAGCCGAGGGCGGACUUGACUACACGUUUGAGUGCAUCGGGAAUGUGAAGGCCGUGCGCUCGGCGUUCGAGUCGCUGAACCGGUGGGGCGUUUGCGUUACGAUAGGACUGUCACCGCACGGCCAGGAGUUGGCCAUCAAUCCGUGGGGUCUGUUGACGGGCCAGAAACUAAUGGGCGGUUUUCUCGGCGGCUAUAAACCGAUCGCCGGCACUAAAGAACUGGUGGACAGGCAUAUGAGGGGUGAGAUUGACUUAAAGCCGUUCAUCACUCAUAGGAUAUGUUUGGAUGACGUGAAUGAAGGCAUAGAGUUGAUGACCACCGGACGGGCCAUCAGAGCGGUGGUGGUGUUUGAGUUGAAUAACAAUACCAUUGGUUUGUAA